AUGUCUCGAAUUGAACGCAAAUUGGAGCAGUGCUUUGAGCGUGGUGAUUUCUACGAAGCACACCAGAUUUACCGCACAGUCUAUCAUCGGCUGGUGAAGGAAAUGACAAGUGCAAUCGAUCUCGCCGAGCUAUUUAUGACAGUUUUGGAGAAAUCAAAAACACCAGCUUCACCGGAAUUGUUGGAUCGUUUCCAGGAGUUAUUCGAUCGUUUACCGGCAUUACUGGAAAAAGAUUUGGAUACGGGAUCCGGGCAGGAUCGGAGAAAGCAGUAUAUAAGUUUGGCCCUGAAGUGGACAAUGGCUGUGGCGGAGAAGCGAUCUCAUCAACGACGAGGCCAUCCGGCUCUCCAUCGGCGCAUAGCAAAAUCGCUGUGGCAUGAAGGGAAUUAUGCUGUGGCCAGAAAUCAUUUUAUGCAUUCGGACGAUAUGGAGAGUUUUGCGACAUUCCUCGUUCAAUAUCAGCAGAAAUUUGGUUAUAAUAGCGAAAAAGAUUUAUUUAUAGCGCAAGCUUUUUUGCAGAUGCUAUGCAAUCGGAGACCAAAAAGUGCCUCGGUACUGCUACCGAAGUAUUGCCAGUUACAUCCCGAAAUUGCUAGUGCAUUCCCGUACCCGUUGCCUCUGCUCAAUUUCUUGCAUUUUUUGCUAAGUUGCGCUAUAAACGAAAAGGUUUGUUUUUAUUUUUACUCACCACUUCGUGAACGGAGCCUCUUUUUGCGGAGAAUUUGGAUGGAGAGGAGAUCGAACCUCAUCUCGGUUUCCCCGUAUUCUUCGUUUUGUAACAUAUUAACCAUUGCAGUACCUAUAACAUUACAUUAAAG